CAAAUAUUCAAUAUCCAUGCCUACUAAUACAAUGGCUGUUACUCAAAUUAGAGUUAAUAAUUCAUAUCUUACAAACUCACUUUCUAGUCGCAAUUCUUGGAAUUUCACUAAUAAAUCACGGAUCUUAUCGCUACAAAAAUCAAACUCAAGGAUUAUGAUGCAUGGUAAAUUAUCCAUCAAGUCCAUUGCUCUCAAUGACAAGUUGGCACCUUUACAAAUUGAUGAUAAGACCAAAAAUUUGGAUAAAGUGAAAAGAAUGAGCCAAGAAGCAUUGUUAAAGUCGAGUGAUCCAAUGGUAACAUUGAAGAUGAUCGACUCAAUCCAAGGGCUAGGAAUUGGUCACCAUUUGGAAGAUGAGAUUAAUGUACAACUUAGGAGGAUAUGUGAUUGGGACCCUUCUAAUGACCUUUUUGCUACAUCACUUCAAUUUCGGUUGCUAAGGCAUAACGGCUGGUCAACAAGUUCUGACAUCUUCAAGAAAUUCUUGGACAAGAGUGGCAAUUUCAAGGAGUCACUGACCAAAGACAUUUGGGGUAUGUUGAAUCUAUAUGAGGCAUCAUAUAUAGGGACAGAAGAUGAAGAAGUAUUAAAGAAAGCAAUGGAAUUUUCAAGGGCUCACCUAAAAGAGUUGAUUCCACAUCUUAAUCCUCAAGUAAGUAGGUGCUUUGAAAGAUCUUUAACACUUCCAAAGCACUUGAGAAUGGCCAGAUUAGAAGCUAGAAAUUACAUGGAAGAAUAUAGUCAAGCAAGUAACCAAAUACCAGCUCUUUUGGAAUUGGCAAAGAUAGAUUCUGACAUGAUUCAGUCAUUACACCAAAGAGAAUUAACAGAAAUAUGCAGGUGGUGGAAAGAGUUGGGCCUGGUUGACAAACUUGGUUUUGCAAGAGAUAGACCAACAGAGUGCUUCUUGUGGACAGUUGGGCUUUUUCCAGAACCAUGUUAUUCAAAUUGCCGUAUUGAACUUGCAAAAACUGUCUCCAUUUUGCUAGUUAUGGAUGACAUCUUUGAUACAUAUGGCACAUUAGAUGAACUUGUUCUUUUCACAAAUGCAAUUAAAAGGUGGGACCUUGAUGCAAUGGAGCAACUUCCUGAAUACAUGAAGAUAUGCUAUAUGGCAUUAUAUAAUACCACAAAUGAAAUUGCAUAUAGAAUUCAAAAAGAACAUGGGUUAACUGUUGUUUCCCAUUUAAAAAGAACAUGGAUUGACAUAUUUGAAGCAUUUCUUGAAGAAGCUAAAUGGUUCAAUAGUGGAUAUGUGCCAAGUUUUAAGACAUAUUUGGAUAAUGGGGUGAUUUCUGCCGGAUCAUGCAUGGCAUUGGUGCAUACAUUUUUUCUCAUUGGUGAUGGUCUCUCAAAUGAAAACAUUACAACGAUGAAACCAUAUCCUAGACUCUUCUCUUGCUCCGGAGAAAUUCUAAGACUAUGGGACGACUUAGGAACUUCAACGGAGGAACAAGAAAGAGGGGAUAAUGCUAGCAGCAUAGAAUGCUUUAUGGGAGAAAAUAACAUUUUAGAUGAAAAUGAAGGAAGGAAACACAUAAGGCAUCUAAUAAGGAACUUGUGGCAAGAGCUCAAUGGUCUUGCUAUGACCAGAACAUUACCUUUGUCUAUUGUAAAAGCUUCUCUUAACAUGGCUAGAACUGCUCAAGUUAUUUAUCAACAUGGAGAUGAUAAAAGCACAUUUACUGUUGAUGAUUAUGUGCAAACAUUGAUCUUCACAUCAUUACCUACUAGCUAUAUCCAUUGAAUUGAAGUGAACAAUCGCAUUCAUAUUGUAGUUUAAGAUUCUAAUAAUUACCACUUUGAUAAUUAGAAUAUCACUAUUCCCUUCAAUCUUCAUUGAUUCGACAUGAAAAUAUGCCAAUGAAGUGUUUUAUUCAAAAUAUGAAAACUUUGUUGUAAUUUUUUAGUAUAUUUUAAAAGUA